AUGCGCUUGGAACUCUUCACUCUGUUUCUUUUGAGCUGCGCUGCCCCUCUCCUUGCUCAAAAUGUAACAUGCCCAACACCACCGACCCCAACAGCCUGGCCUACUGCGUCAUCGUUCCCCCUCGUUUCUACCCUCCCCGAUCCGUUCAAUUACCUGUAUCCGAGCACAGCUCGCGUCGCAUCCAAUGCAGAGUGGGACAUAGGUACUCUUGUCGCCUGGGCAUGGGGCUUCCACCGAGUCCUCGAUGCUCUCAUCUUUACCGCACCCGAGAUAGACAGCACGCUUGUCGGUGUCACUGGAUGUUCCCGACUGGGUAAAGCAGCCCUCGCUGCUGGUCUUUUUGACACUCGUAUCACGCUCACGAUGCCCAUGUCGUCCGGCGUUCAGGGCCUCGGACCCUACCGCUACUCUACCCUCUCUGGCCAGGGUGAGAAUCUCGAGAACAGCAAGCAAGGCGCGCCGUGGUGGUCGAAUAGCGCUCUCGGCACGUUCAUCAACCAGAGCAACAGGGUGCCGUUCGACGCGCAUGUCAUCGCAGCUGCCAUUGCGCCUCGAGCGCUAGUCAUUGACCAAGGCUCCAGCGACCCGUUCGUCAACAGUAGGGGAACUGCAACGGUAAUCUUCCCUGCCGCCCAGGCCGUAUACGAUUGGCUCGGUGUUGGGCCCAAUAUUGGUCUCGCCAUGAGAAGCGGCGGGCACUGCGACAUGUCGGGCUACACGAACGUCCUGCCCUUCGUUUUGAAAAUAUUAAAGGGAACGCCUACGACGAGGACCUACACGGACAUGACCCCUUGGCAAGCGAUUCCGACGGCGUAUCCUUGGACGUCCAACAUCCCGCCGAAGUAA